AUGCCCCCGGCAUCGAAAAUGCCCCGCGGGAGCGGCUACGGGCGCGGGGGGACCGGGACUCGCUGCCUGUCGCGACAGGCUCUGAAUGAACGCCGAUACCACCCCCGGUACCGAACCUGCCCCGGCCCCGGCCCCGCCGCUCUGACUGCUGUGUCGUGCCCAGUGUCCCCAGAGCUGAAGGAGCGCAAGGAGGAUGCGAAAGCGAUGGAAGACGAAGGGCAGACGAAAAUCAAGCAGAGGAGGAGCCGGACGAAUUUCACCCUGGAGCAGCUGAACGAGCUGGAAAGGCUUUUCGACGAGACCCACUACCCGGACGCGUUCAUGCGGGAGGAGCUGAGCCAGCGGCUGGGGCUCUCCGAGGCCAGGGUGCAGGUUUGGUUCCAGAACCGCCGGUCCAAGUGUCGGAAGCAGGAGAACCCUCCCUCCCCAGGGGUGCUCAUCGGAGCCGCCACGCAGUUCGAAGCCUGCCGGGUGGCUCCUUACGUGAACGUGGGUGCUCUGAGGAUGCCCUUCCAGCAGGUGCAGGCGCAGCUGCAGCUGGACAGCGCCGUGGCCCACGCUCACCAUCACCUGCACCCGCACCUGGCCCACGCCCCCUACAUGAUGUUCCCCGCGCCCCCCUUUGGGCUACCGCUGGCCACCCUGGCCGAGUCCGCCUCCGCCGCCUCCGUGGUGGUGCUCUACAGGCACCUAACUCUGGAGCUCUAUAGCUCCUGCUCUCAGCUCUUAGGCUCUUACUGGUCAGAACGGUCUCAGAGCUUUGGCCCUGGGGCCGCUGCUCAGCCCCCGGAGCUGAGGGAGAGCAGCCACAAACCCGCCAUUUUCCUGGGAGUUGGGCCUGCAGGCCUCAGCAUGUUCUGCUUGUCGAGAGAGGGACUCAACGCUGGCACACCUCAAACUUCACCCACCCUGGGGGCCAUCAUCCCCUGA